AUGAGUGGAAAUGAAAUGGACGAGACUGCACAGGAGACAUCAUCACAGGAUGAUUCAUGCUUGAAUCUAGGAGAGGACAAAAAUCACUCAGACAUACUUCAAUCUUCUACCUGUCCAGAGCAACUGGCAGUUCAAGAUUUGGUGGUCAAGGUAGAAGGGCCGAUUGGAGCUUCCUCACAAGGAUUUGUGGACUACCCAAUUCUGGUUUUGGUUGGGGCAGGGAUUGGUGUGACUCCCAUGAUUAGCGUUCUCAAAGAGUUAUUGGUCAAUCCAGGCAAGAUGGAGAGAGUGUUCUUCUACUGGACAGUCCGCGAUCGCAAGGCGUUUGAAUGGUUUAGCAAGCUGAUGGAUGAUGUCUAUCAGCAGGACCAAAAGCAUGUCCUGCAAGUCCGCCAUUUUCUGACUUCUGUGAAGGAUGAUGAUCGUGACAUUGGAGCAAUUCUGUUGCAUCAUGCCACUCGAGCUAAGCAUAGGGCUAGUAACUUUGACUUGAUCUUGGGUCAGCAGACACAUCACCAAGUAGAAGUUGGACGACCUGAUUGGGCCAAGGAACUCAAGAGUGUCCAGCAGGAAGCUUGUGACCUGGGGCAGCAAAGGUGCGGCAUCUUUUUGUGUGGCCCUGAAAGAAUGGCAGAAGGUAUAGCCAAGGUGAGCAAACAGUAUUCCACGAGGGAAUUCAAGUUUCAAUUCAACAAAGAGACAUUCUAGGAUGCUCUGUUCCUCGUCACUUAUUGGGGGGUACGCAACACAAGCCCCACAACAUCGCAUCCGACUUCGUGAGAUGAUUUACCAGUAGUUUCUUCCAUAUUUC